GCUCCGGUCGUAGUUUAUUCCCAAAAUGGAACUAAUGGAGGAAAAUUAAAGCUUGAAAAGGCCUGUCCAUGGCAGAAAGACAUGGUUUUCUUUGCCAUUUUGGGUUUGUCCUUUAGAGAAAUUCAACUGUCAUUCUCAGAGGAAUUGGAAUAUAGUAUUUUGGGCAUAUCUGUUGUCCUUUUCCUCAUAGCCCUCUGCCUUCUGAUAUGGCAGAUUUACCGCCACUGUACACGGUUUCCUGUUUCACAAAGACCUGCAGAUGGCCUGUUGGCUAGGAGCGGAGGUUUUCAGUAUGCUACACAAACAAAUGACGCUAAGAUGGAGGUUCAUUAUGAGGAACUGAGCCACCGCCUGUCCCCUGGCACCUCUUACACUAACCUGGGCAGUAGUUUAGAUCUAGCAAGCAUAGCAGAUCUGGAAGAGGAGAACAUCCAGGGAUCUCUGCGCUUUUCACUGUUCUACGAUCAGUUGCAGUCUAGACUGGUGGUGACGGUGCUGGAUGCCCAGGAUCUAGCCGUGCGAGACUCCAGUCACAGUGUGGACCCAUUUGUUUGGGUGCGGUUGCUGUGGGCAGAAAGAGAGGAUGAGGAGCAGAGUUCAAUGCAGUGUGUUCUGGACGAAUGGCAGACGCGUUUAGUGAAGAAGAGCUGCAGUCCUGUGUUUGGAGAUCAGUUCUCUUGCACUCUGGCUGAAGAGGAAGUAUCAAAAGUCACUGUUAGAUUUGAG